AAUGCAGCACAUCUUCAUCUUCAGCAGCUGCUAAUAUAGAAAGGGACAAUGAUAUGAACAACGAGUUAAUGCUUGAGUUGGCCAAGUCAAGAGACUUAGGAGUGGCCCGAGGCAGCAAAUCAGUCAUGAGCUGCGAGACUGAGAUGGAGAUGGAGAUGACCAGAGAGAAGAAAAAGGAAGAUCACAAUGCCAAGGAAAGAGUGAGGAGGAUGAAUCUUAAUGCCUGCUACAUGGCACUAGCUAAUAUGCUCCCUCCUCCUUCAUCCAAGAAGAGACAGGGUGCACCGGCUAUAAUUGAUGAGGUACUUGAGUACAUUCCAGAGAUCAAGAAGGAAAUCGAGGAGCUAACACUCCAGAAGGAAAGUAUGUUAUCUGCGAUUGAUCCAAACAAGCAAUCAGUUCUCAACAAUAGCUCUCACACAUCAUCGGAAAGUAACGAAGGUCGUCCGACUCUUUCAGUGCAUGAAAUCGCUAAAGGUGAACUCGUCCUUCAGAUAUGUACAAAGAGGGACCAGCGAAACCAUGAGCUUUCCAAUCUUUUGUGGAAUUUAGAAGCCGAAGGCAUUAGCAUUUUGAAUGCCUCUACUGUUGAAGUUCCGCAUGAUCGAGUCUGCUUCCAUAUACACGUCCAGAUGAAUGCAAGUUCAUAUGGAUCUGAUUAUAUCCCAGUGUUCAAAGACAAGAUAACUUUCUGGUUACUUCGUGAUUCUUGAUUCGGGUCUAUGCCGUUGGGUGCUGGAUAAUGGCGGUGCUGAUCUUCAGACUGACCAAAGCUUGGAAAUUUGAUCCUCUGCAUCGGAAGUUUUACCAUUUUUUAUUCUUUCACAUUAACAGGUCAAACAUCUAGCAAGAUGCGGUAAGUUUCUUCCGUAUAAAUAUCUUGCAAUUUUGCUUU